AUAACGAAAUGCUCUUUGUGCACGUUGAUCAAUUGCGUUGCGCUGCGAUUACAUUGUAAAUUGGCACGUUAUUGCCUGCGGAACGCGAUUCAUUGAUCUCAUCAUCGAAUUUCUCACGGCCGCGAAUCGAUAUAACAUUAUAAUGUAAUGUAUAUACAUAUAAAAAGAGUAGUGGGUACUAUAUAUAAUAGUGAUAAAUGAGUUCGCGAUAAGGUAUAUAAAGUGCUCGUGACAAGAUCCGCGGUGCGUUGUUGGUUACUCUUCAGUCGUCCAAGUUUCUCUAGUUCACUCUGGUUAUAGAUCAAAUGACGAGAUGCCGGCUGCUCUAUUUGCUUCUAUUAGCAGCCCUAAUGAUAAGCACAGAAGCGGCGAAGGGCGGCGGUGGUAGAGGGAGAGGCCGCGGCCGAGGAAGACUGUUCGGCUCGCGAAUGCACAUCCUGAUACCCAAUCGAAAUCCUGCGAGUACGCACUAUUACGAGAACAAGGAUGGUGCCAAGAUCGUGAAGGCAUCCCACUUCGAGCUGGAUUACAUGCUGGGCAGAAAGAUUACGUUCUUCUGUAUGGCGAUCGGUGUCCCAAGACCGGAGAUCACCUGGCUGAAGGACGGGAUCGAGCUGUACCAUCACAAGUUCUUCCAGGUGCACGAGUGGCCUGUUGGUAAUGACACGAUAAAGUCGAAAAUGGAGAUCGACCCUGCGACGCAGAAGGACGCCGGUUAUUACGAGUGCCAGGCGGACAAUCAGUAUGCCGUCGAUCGCAGAGGCUUCAGAACGGAUUACGUCAUGAUCUCGUAUUGAACGUUUUCCCUGAUGGAUAGCUCCGCGAUCGCCAUAGUAUUAGAACAAAUAAUAUCCUGUGUGAAAAUAGAUAUAGUUUGUUAUUGAUUUGUUACAUGAUAGAUUUUUAUUUGAUAAGCAGUUAGUUUAUAUACUUGAUAAAGCUCUGAUCCAAAUUAAUAAGGGAGACAACUAGUAAAACUAGUAACAACAUCAAUUACAAUUUUACACUCAAUAAUAUAAAUAUUACGUAUUUGUUACAUAACAGUUACAUUGUUGAGUACAAAAUUUUAACACUGAUGUUAUGUUAUUGUUAGUUGCUUUUCUACCCUCCCCAAAAGGCGGUCGUGAUAUUUAAGAAAUUAGUCCAACUUUCUACGUGGCGUCAGUGACGUAAAAAUUAAGGUCAUAACAAUUUGUCUUUUUCCUUCUGACAUGAACAAAACGGACCUCUUUUGGAUCAUCAACGGACGUGCGAAGGUACGAAAACAAAUCCGAUGGUUCCCCCCAAUUCGUUAAAGCAUGAUUGACUGUUAUAAGGGGAUAUGUGACGCGAGGAAUAUAUCGAAAAUGGUCCAUCACUGCAAAUUUAACAAGGCAAUUGCAAUGCGCGACAGUGGCAUGGAAGGGCGUACUUCUCUCGCUGCGUCGCCACCAAUGACUGCGACAAUUUGUAGCACAGUGUGAAAUAAACAAUCUGCAUGAAUAUUA